GCCGUGGAUCUGCCCAAGGUUUCUUCCUUGAUGAGUUGACGGGCAGAACGUGUAACCAUGUGUCUGUUUCUACACGGAAGGAAAUGGUGAUGUACCGUUCACAACGUGACUUUAGUAUGGGUCCACUAUAAUGGUGAGCUGACAGGCGUGUGAAUGAGCCGAUUAGCCUCAUCUUUUUACCGUUAUUCACUAUGUUGCCAUUGCCAUUGACCUCACUCGUGGGUAACAGACAUUGUCUGGCAAGAAGAGGGUGCUCAAGCAGAUGGAUGCUUUGUGACAUAGUGCGAUGGAGGGCGUUUGUGACUUCAGGAGUCCGGCAGGCCUCUACCACGCCAGGAGGUAAAGUCAACCCUGUGUUCUCCCGAGCCUUGGGGUUCAGAGACAAGACUGCCAUAGUGGACAGCAGUGGUAGUCAUACUUACAGAGACCUUUAUGCCAGAAGCCGAGGGUUGGCUGGCCGCAUCGCUCGGACCCUGGGCUGUGAGUCCGGAGAUAUCGGUGGCCAGCGAAUAUCAUUUCUAUGUGCCAACGACGCCUCUUACAGCGUGGCGCAGUGGGCGUCCUGGAUGUGCGGGGGCACGGCGGUGCCCCUGUACCGCAAGCACCCACCCUCAGAGCUGGAGUACAUAAUCACCAACUCCCAAAGUUCCCUGCUCGUAGCGGGUCAUCCGUACGUCGACACCCUGGAGCCUCUGGCUCGCAAUCUGGGCCUCCCAUGCCUUCAGCUGCCAUCCACCCUCGACCUGCCUGCCCUGGAGACGGCAGACACAGAAGGACUCGUGGGUGACCUGGCGGAAACUGACUGGGAUGAGAGGCCCGCCAUGAUCAUCUACACCAGCGGGACGACAGGCAGGCCUAAAGGAGUCCUGCACAGCCACAGCAGCAUACAAGCCAUGGUCCAGUGUCUGGUGUCGGAAUGGGCAUGGUCCGAAGACGAUGUCAUCCUCCACACCCUGCCUCUUCAUCAUGUCCACGGCAUCGUCAACAAGCUGCUGUGUCCACUCUCCGUGGGGGCCACCUGCCUCAUGCUGCCGGAGUUCCACCCUCAGAAGGUGUGGGAGUGCCUGCUGAGCUCCAAGGCCCCCAUGGUGAGCGUGUUCAUGGCUGUGCCCACUGUCUACUCCAAACUCAUCCAGCACUUUGAGCAGCACUUCAGCCAGCCGCGUGUCCGGGACUUUGUCAAGGCGGUGUGCAAGGAGCGCAUCAGACUGAUGGUCUCUGGCUCUGCAGCUCUUCCUCAGCCGAUUCUGAAGCGCUGGGAGGAGAUCACAGGCCAUGUGCUGCUGGAGCGCUAUGGCAUGACUGAGAUUGGCAUGGCCCUCUCCAACCCUCUCAGGGGGCAUCGCACGCCAGGGGCUGUGGGAGCACCUCUUCCAGGGGUGGAGGUGCGCAUUGUCAUGACCAACUCUACCAACACCACUAUAGCAGAAGGCAACAGCAAGGAGACUCGGGUGCGCCCGGGGCUGGAGGGUAAAGAGGGGGAGCUGAUGGUGCGUGGUCCGUCCGUCUUCAGGGAAUACUGGAACAAACCUCAGGAGACCGCCAAGGCCUUCACCGACGAUGGCUGGUUCAAGACCGGUGACACGGCGGUGUACAGGGAUGGGGUGUACUGGAUAAUGGGCCGCACGUCGGUGGAUAUCAUCAAGAGCGGCGGCUACAAGAUCAGCGCCCUGGAGGUUGAGAGGCACCUGCUGGCCCACCCACACAUCACAGACGUGGCGGUGAUCGGGGUGCGGGACGCCACGUGGGGUCAGAAGGUGACCGCGGUGGUGCAGCUCCAGAGAGGGGCCAGUCUCAGCCUGGCGGAGCUCAAGGCCUGGGCCAGAGAACACAUGGCGCCGUACACCAUCCCCACUGGCCUGGUGGUGGUGGAGGAGGUGCCCCGCAACCAGAUGGGCAAGGUCAACAAGAAGGACUUGCUCAAGCAGUUCUCCCCAAGCCUCUGACCCUACUGCCAGCACCACCACCACCACAUCUGCUUCCUGAAUCAAGCGUUUUCUCAGAUAUUUGUGAUUUUUGUUUGAGGAUGUUUUUGAUGUAUUUUGGAGAUUUUAAGUGUUUUCACUGGAAGAGAUGAUAUCACUCAGAUCAUUAUGACCAUGCCAUAAUUUAAAAAAAAUUGAAAUCAGUAUUAACCUGAUGCCGUAAAUUGAAACUUUAUUCAUGGGUACUCUGUGAGCUCAGAAAAAGAAUGUUGUGAAUUUAUUCAUGAGUAAUACGUUGCAAUGGGAAUCUAAAAUCCAAGCUUUAAUUGUGGUUUGUAACGUUUGAAGUUGUAAAAAUGUAAAAAAUAAAUCACUGGGAAUUUUUAAAAUCUGAAUGAUUUUUUUAGUCAUCAAAAAAAUAGUAAAAGUUUGUUAGACAAGUCAUUCACACUGAACGUGUGUGUGUGUGUGUGUGUGUGUGUGUGUGUGUGCACAGGUGUGAUAGCGGGCCCAGAGGCAGUGUGGAGAGAGGAAAGGGGGAUGAUGGAAGCACAGAUGGACUGCUAUUCUCUCCUCUUCUCUCAUUUCCUCUUUCCCUCGCUCUUCUCUUCCCCCCCCCCCCCCCCUCAGUCGCUGCUUUUCACACUCAUAUGGUUGCCAUAGCCACACCUUGCACACACCGACACACGUGUAUGAUUUCAUGUUGCCUCUCUCACCACAGGGUCCAUAAGAUCACUGGUGUAUGUAUGGGAGUAAUCUGGCUAAUCAGGGGUGCCUAAUCUCAUCUGGAACACACGCACACUCACACACACACUCAGACACACACUCAGUCAUCAUUUAUGACCAAUCUGACACGGGAGCGCCUCCGGGCCUUAGACCAGGUGUGCUCUAGCAUGGGGAUGAGCUUGUAGGGGAUCCCAGGUGAGUCCUGUGAUCACUAGAUGCUCUCAGUGUUGCGUUAAUAAUGCACUGUGAAGUACUGUACAUUACAGCUGUGAAGAAGGUGAGGUCGUCUGGGCAACCUGGAGGCUCAGAAUAUUCAGUCUGUGCAUGAUUUUGCCCAUAAAUAGUUUGAUUUGCAUUAUAGUAUAGCAAUAGUAUGUAACAAUUUGCCUCAUUUUGAGUUAUGUUUUUUUUUUAUAAGCAACUGCUUUUGCUGUCAUCUUCAAAAUCAUCUAGAUGCAGUUUAUGGUCAUACGGUGGGCGAAUAAACAGACCUUACUGUCCAGGCUAAGCACAGUGUUCUGUGGUCCAGGGCAGAAAAAACCCAUUGUAAGUGUAAGAAAAGCCUUCAGAGCCCAACAUAGCCAACUUGUUUGGCAACAAUAUUGCCAAAAGGUGCCGUUUACUAUGUUAGCAGGCUUUAAUCAAUGCCAGUUUGGCUGUUGGUGGUGUUUGUAGGUUUUUGGCAUGCAUUUUAAGUAGUUUUCCACCAAAUCUACAUAAUGAUGUUUUAAGACCUUAGUGGAAAAGCAAACCCAUACUUGUCAACUCUAUAUGAGUAAGUAUUUUCUCACAGAUUUUCUACAAUGUGUUUUUAGUGCAUACAAGUUUGAGUGAUUUAAAGUGUCUGUUGAAUGCAUUAAAGGCUCGAUACAAUGCU